CGCCCAGGCCCGCAGAGCGGCGCUGCAGCGCGAGGGGCGGAGAGGCAGAGCGCCCGGAGAGGACCAGACGCCCAGGUCGCCCGCAUCCCGCUGCCGCAGGAGAGAGGACGCGCGCCCCGGCCCUGCUCCCCAGCCUGCAGCCGGGCACCCCCAGACCUUUCUCGGCCCCAGAGACCAAGCACCUGCCCUCCGCCUCGGCCCCCGCUGAGCUCCCUCCCUCGGAGCACGCACCUCCUCUGCCGCCCCGGGAGUGCACCAGCCCCAGCCCCAGCCGGCGACCACCAUGACGGAGACCAACAACGAAUGCAGCAUCAAGGUGCUCUGCCGGUUCCGGCCCCUGAACCAGGCCGAGAUUCUGCGGGGAGACAAGUUCAUCCCCAUUUUCCAGGGGGACGACAGCGUCGUUAUUGGGGGGAAGCCCUAUGUCUUCGACCGCGUGUUCCCCCCAAACACGACUCAGGAGCAAGUUUAUCAUGCAUGUGCCAUGCAGAUUGUCAAAGAUGUCCUUGCUGGCUACAAUGGCACCAUAUUUGCUUAUGGACAGACAUCCUCAGGGAAAACACAUACUAUGGAGGGAAAGCUGCACGACCCCCAGCUGAUGGGAAUCAUUCCUCGAAUUGCCCGCGAUAUCUUCAACCACAUCUACUCCAUGGACGAGAACCUUGAGUUCCACAUCAAGGUUUCUUACUUUGAGAUUUACCUGGACAAAAUUCGUGACCUUCUGGAUGUGACUAAGACAAAUCUGUCUGUGCAUGAGGACAAGAACCGGGUGCCGUUUGUCAAGGGUUGUACUGAACGCUUUGUGUCCAGCCCAGAGGAGAUCUUAGAUGUGAUUGAUGAGGGGAAAUCGAAUCGUCAUGUGGCUGUCACCAACAUGAAUGAGCACAGCUCUCGCAGCCACAGCAUCUUCCUUAUCAACAUCAAGCAGGAGAACAUGGAGACGGAGCAGAAGCUCAGUGGGAAGCUGUACCUGGUGGACCUGGCUGGCAGUGAGAAGGUCAGCAAGACUGGAGCAGAGGGAGCCGUGCUGGACGAGGCAAAGAAUAUCAACAAGUCCCUGUCAGCUCUGGGGAACGUGAUCUCUGCUCUGGCCGAGGGCACUAAAAGCUACGUUCCAUACCGCGACAGCAAAAUGACACGGAUUCUCCAGGACUCUCUGGGAGGAAACUGCCGGACAACUAUGUUCAUCUGCUGCUCACCGUCCAGCUACAACGAUGCGGAGACCAAGUCCACCCUGAUGUUUGGGCAGCGGGCAAAGACCAUUAAGAACACAGCCUCAGUGAAUCUGGAGUUGACUGCUGAGCAGUGGAAGAAGAAAUAUGAGAAGGAGAAGGAGAAGACAAAGGCUCAGAAGGAGACGAUUGCAAAACUGGAGGCUGAGCUGAGCCGUUGGCGCAAUGGAGAGAAUGUGCCUGAGACAGAGCGUCUGGCUGGUGAGGAUGCAGUCCUGGGAGCAGAGAUCUGUGAGGAGACCCCUGUGAACGACAACUCCUCCAUCGUGGUGCGCAUCGCGCCUGAGGAGCGGCAGAAAUACGAGGAGGAGAUCCGCCGCCUCUACAAGCAGCUGGAUGACAAGGACGAUGAGAUCAACCAGCAGAGCCAGCUGAUCGAGAAGCUCAAGCAGCAGAUGCUGGACCAGGAAGAGCUGCUGGUGUCCACUCGAGGAGACAAUGAGAAGGUGCAGCGGGAGCUGAGCCACCUGCAGUCAGAGAAUGACGCUGCGAAGGAUGAGGUGAAGGAAGUGCUGCAGGCCCUGGAGGAGCUGGCUGUCAACUACGACCAGAAGUCCCAGGAGGUGGAGGAAAAGAGCCAGCAGAACCAGCUUCUGGUGGAUGAGCUGUCUCAGAAGGUGGCCACCAUGCUGUCCCUGGAGUCCGAGUUGCAGCGGCUGCAGGAAGUCAGUGGACACCAGCGGAAACGAAUUGCUGAGGUGCUGAAUGGGCUGAUGAAGGACCUGAGUGAGUUCAGUGUCAUCGUGGGCAACGGGGAGAUUAAGCUGCCGGUGGAGAUCAGUGGGGCCAUUGAGGAGGAGUUCACCGUGGCCCGACUCUACAUCAGCAAAAUCAAAUCGGAGGUCAAGUCUGUGGUCAAGCGGUGCCGGCAGCUGGAGAACCUCCAGGUCGAAUGCCAUCGCAAGAUGGAGGUGACUGGGCGGGAGCUCUCAUCCUGCCAGCUCCUCAUCUCCCAGCACGAGGCCAAGAUCCGCUCGCUUACGGAAUACAUGCAGAGCGUGGAGCUAAAGAAGCGGCACCUGGAAGAGUCCUAUGACUCCCUGAGUGAUGAGCUGGCCAAGCUCCAGGCCCAAGAAACUGUGCAUGAAGUGGCCUUGAAGGACAAGGAGCCCGACACACAGGAUACAGACGAAGUGAAGAAGGCCCUGGAGCUGCAAAUGGAGAGUCACCGGGAGGCCCAUUACCGGCAGCUGGCCCGGCUCCGGGACGAGAUCAACGAGAAGCAGAAGACCAUUGAUGAGCUCAAAGACCUGAACCAGAAGCUCCAGUUAGAGCUGGAGAAGCUUCAGGCCGACUACGAGAAGCUGAAGAACGAAGAACAGGAGAAGAGCACCAAACUCCAGGAGCUGACAUUUCUGUACGAGCGACAUGAGCAGUCCAAGCAGGACCUCAAGGGCCUGGAGGAGACCGUUGCCCGGGAACUCCAGACCCUCCACAACCUUCGCAAGCUGUUCGUUCAAGACGUCACGACUCGAGUCAAGAAAAGUGCAGAGAUGGAGCCCGAGGACAGUGGGGGGAUUCACUCCCAAAAGCAGAAGAUUUCCUUUCUUGAGAACAACCUGGAACAGCUUACAAAGGUUCACAAACAGCUGGUACGUGACAAUGCAGAUUUGCGUUGUGAGCUUCCUAAAUUGGAAAAACGACUUAGGGCUACGGCUGAGAGAGUUAAGGCCCUGGAGGGUGCACUGAAGGAGGCCAAGGAGGGCGCCAUGAAGGACAAGCGCCGGUACCAGCAGGAGGUGGACCGCAUUAAGGAGGCCGUUCGGUACAAGAGCUCGGGCAAGAGAGGCCAUUCUGCCCAGAUUGCCAAACCCGUCCGGCCUGGCCACUACCCAGCAUCCUCACCCACCAACCCCUACGGCACCCGCAGCCCCGAGUGCAUCAGUUAUACCAACAGCCUCUUCCAGAACUACCAGAAUUUGUACCUGCAGCCUGCACCCAGCUCCACCUCAGAUACAUAUUUUGCAAACUCCUGUGCCAGCAAUGGGGCCAUGUCUUCUGGAGGCACCUUGGCUUCCUACCAGAAGGCCAGCAUGGACAACGGAAACGCCACAGAUAUCAACGACAACAGGAGUGACCUGCCAUGCGGCUAUGAGGCUGAGGACCAGGCCAAGAUCUUCCCUCUCCACCAGGAGACAGCAGCCAGCUAAUCUCCCACACAGACUGCUGCGUACCUGCACUUUCAGUUUCUAAGAGGGACUGAGGCCUCUUCUCUCAGCAUGCUGCAAACCUGUGGUCUCUGAUGCUAACUCCCUCCCCAGCCCUUGUUGUUCGACUAUACUAUGUUUGAUGUCUUCUCUUACUCUGUAUCUCUUUGUACUCUGUAUCUAUAUAUCAAAGGCUGCUACUA